AUGGCAGAUAAGGGAUCAAUACGUGUUGAGAUUAAUGGUUUAAAUGAUAAACACAAGAUCACUGCAGUAUUUUGUGGAACAAUUUUUGGAGAUUUCUUACCAAUGCAGCUUAUGUAUUGUGGAAAAACACGCAGAUGUCAUCCUGCCUUUUGUUUUCAAGAAGACUGGCAUAUUACACACUCAAGCAACCAUGGGUCUAAUGAGAGCACAAUGUUGGAUUAUAUACACAAUAUCAUUGUACCAUACGUAGAAAAUAUUAGGGAUCGUUUAGGUGUCAGCAGAGAAAAGAGUGCAUUGGCAAUUAUUGACCAAUUUAAAAGUCAAAUAACUCAAGCUAUUACCCAAGCUCUAGAAGAGAAUAAAAUUCAUUCUGUCCUAGUACCAGCUACAUGUACUGACAGGUUGCAACCAUUAGAUUUGUCAAUCAACAAGAGUGCUAAGAAUUUUUUAAGACAGGCAUUCGAAAAAUGGUAUGGUCAUGAGAUCACUAGACAGCUUACAACACUUGAUAGCAAUGACUAG